CCACAAAGGUUGGAUCGGCAACUAUUUUCAAAUUUGAGCAAAAAUGGUUUGAUGAAUGGGUCGAUUUUUAGGCUGAUAAUUGACCUGCCCAACCCAAUCCCAACCCUACAUAUAUUGACUACAUUUUCUUGUAUUAAUUGCUUCUUUCAUUUUGAGGACUACUGUUUUAUCCCAAACACACAUAUUAAUAUUAUCAAUCAGAAUCCAUCUUCCCCCAACCAUGUCUGCAACAAAUUCAAAGCUUCCCACCAAACAAAUCCCCGGCGAUUACGGCCGGCGGUUCUUCGGCCCAAUGAAGGACCGCCUGGACUAUUUCUACGGCAGCGGCGAGCUCGAGUUCUUCAAAACCAGGAUGCUAAAGUACCAGUCCACAGUUUUCCGGUGCAACAUGCCGCCGGGCCCAUUCAUAUCACGAAGCUCCGCCGUUGUCUGCCUCCUCGACGCCGUCAGCUUCCGUACACUCUUCGACAACUCCAAGGUUGAGAAGAGAAACCUCCUCGACGGCACUUACAUGCCCACCACCGCCUACACCGGCGGCUUCCGCACCUGCGCUUUUCUCGACCCUUCCGAACCUAACCAUGGACUUCUCAAAUCCUUCUUUCUCUCUCUACUCUCUAAAAAAAAGGAUAAAUUCAUCCCUAUUUUCCGGCAGGCGAUGGCCGAUCUCUUCUCCGGCCUCGAUGAGGAAAUCGCUUCCAAUGGCAGUUCAUACUUCAACGAUUUGAACGAUACGAUGUCGUUUCAGUUCGUUUUCCGUCUGCUCUGCGACAAAAAUCCGUCGGAAACCGGAAUCGGGCCCAACGGCCCGAAAAUUGUUGAUUUGUGGAUUUUCUUCCAGCUUGCUCCAUUGCUCAGUUUAGGGCUGAAAUUCCUCCCGAACUUUCUAGAAGAUCUGCUUUUACACACAGUGCCGCUGCCUUCCUUCCUCGUGAAAUCGAAAUACAAAAAGCUUUACGACGCCGUUUACGAAUCCGCCGCCCCAAUUUUGGACGAAGCUGAGAAAUUAGGGCUCCAAAGAGACGAAGCUUGCCACAAUCUGGUGUUCUUCGCCGGAUUCAACGCCUACGGCGGGAUGAAAGCUCUGUUCCCGUCACUGAUCAAGUGGAUCGCCGCCGCAGGCGGCGAUCUCCACCGCCGCCUCGCCGGAGAAAUCAGAUCCGCCGUGAAGGAGAACGGCGUCACACUCGCGGCGGUCAACGCGAUGGCGCUGACCAAGUCGGUCGUGUACGAAGCCCUGCGAAUCGAGCCGCCGGUAUCCUACCAGUACGGCAAGGCCAAACACGACUUCGAAAUCCAUAACCACGACUCGACAUUCUCGAUCAAGAGGGGGGAAAUGCUGUUCGGAUUCCAGCCAAUCGCGACAAAGGAUCCGAAGGUGUUCGACAAUCCCGACGAGUUCGUGCCGGAGAGAUUCGUCGGAGAAGGAGAGAAGCUGAUAGAGUACGUGUACUGGUCCAACGGGAGAGAGACCGACGAACCGACCGCGGGGGACAAGCAAUGCGCCGGCAAGGAUAUGGUUGUGCUCUUGUGCCGCCUAAUGGUGGUGGAGUUUUUUCUCCGGUACGAUACUUUUAAGGUCCAAAUCGGUAAACUUCCGGUGGGAUCGUCGGUUACGUUCACGUCGUUAACGAAGGCCACUAGUUAAAAUCGUGAUUCGGCCGUUAAUUAGUAUAAAUUUCGUAACCAAUAAUUGAUGUUGAUAGCAUCUUCCGUCCGUCACUGUGUGUGUAUGUGUGUGUGCGUUGUUUACGUGCUUUAAGUGUAUAAUAAAUAUGGAGUAAACUGCAAAAAGUACCCCUGUGUAAUCUUUAAAUAGCAAAAAUACUCCUAUGAUAAAUAAACUAGCAAAAAUUCCCCGGUGAAAUUUAGUCAAAGGCAAAACCCGCCCCGGUUGACUUAAGUGUGGCUCACUCGCGGGUUGCGCGAUUGGUAGUUAGUUUUUGGACGUGAAAUGACGAAAUUGAUCCUAAAAUGUAUUUAUAUGUAUAUAUAUAUUCCUUU